AUGGCAAACACCGGGGGGGAGGUCAAAGCCAAGAGCACCUUGGCCUUCCAGCAGCUUCCGAGGCCGUCUUCACCGACCACCGCGACCGCUGCAGCGCGCGCUUCCCCCGAGGCGGUUUCGAGGGCCGUGAACGCGCUGACCAAGGACCUGUACGGGGUCGGUCCGGCGACGGCCUCCGCUGUGCUGGCGGCGGAGUGCGGGGGCUGCCCGUUUGAUGCAGACGAGGUUAUCGAUGCAGUCAAGCGGUCUGGGAAACGCCAGUACAGUCUCAAGGAGUACCUAGAGGUCCACGAAGCCCUGGACCAGAAAGCCGCCAGCUUGGGAACUCCCUGGGACGCCGAGCGUGUCCGCAAGGCGAUCUGGUCGUGCGCGAUGCACUCACGCUUCGGAAUGACAGUCCCGCCCGUGUCGCCGACGGGGGCGACGGCGGCGUCGUCGUCGGGCGGCAAAGGCGACAGCAACAAGCCCCGGGCAAGAAAAGGCGGCAGUGGGGGGGGCGCAGACGGGGCAGAAGCAGCCACGAAGAAGCAAAAGUCUCGUCCCCAUUGAUGCGUCGUGUGCGUGCGCCGUUUGAUGCAAGGUUUCCAUGUAAACCAAAACGAUGUGGCUGCUGGGACGCCGGCGGGGCCGGUGGUGGGUGAGCAGGGAAGGAGGGCGCUCGGACAGAGGUUAGGGCCGGAGAAUCGAAGGCGAUGGAUCAAUCUUCUAUAAUAACACGUGUACACGCAAGCAGCCGGUCGUUACUUCGGCCAUAUAUCGGAGUCGACCCGUUGCACACUCACUCCGGUCGCGGUUGACGAGCUUGCCCACAUCAGCCGUCGGGAUCAGGGGCGAAAACUGUACGCAGUACGAGCUGCAUGUAGCGGUGUUGCUAUCCGUUCCUUGAAACAGCGGCGACAGUAACAACGCGGCCUCACCAUCUUGAGACCCCGGCAGUGUUUUAUAGGACGCCGGCUCCAUCCCGACGAUAAGCAAGGCGGGCUUCAGAGUCUGGGCGGGAGAUUUCCCCAGCCUGUUACCACGUUCUGCUAGACCGGUGGUGUGUUUCGAACAAGACUAUGACAACCUCCGCUGUCGCGUCGAUUGACGCAGGGGUUGGUUUGCGAUGGUCAGGUCGGGGCCGCGCUGCUGUCUGCUAGCCGGCCGCGAGAUUUUUCAAUGAGCGGCGAAGCGGGUAGAGACGGAGUGCUCCGACGGAGUGCUUUGAUAAUGAUAAAAUAGUGGGGUUGUUAUUGCGGUGCAAUAAGUUCGGGAGGUUCAAUGUUCUUGCCGUGUUGAUGUGUUUUGCCGGUUAAUUUUGCGCCACCUGUAGUCAUGGCUUGGGAUGUACCCUGCCCGAAUAUGUUCAGUAACUUCAGCAGGUUUUCAUUAUGCAGACAUGUUGGAUGAAGUAUCGAAUCGGUGGAAUUUAGGGGGUUAGGGUUGUAGGGUCUACGUAAACCUUCAACUUCAUAGCUAGCUUAGUUGCUUCGCGUCGUGGCAAGUAUUUUGAUAAGGAGCUUCUGUGUGGAAGCAGUAGAUGGUAAACAACCCCAACAAGCAGUGGCAGCAGACACCAUGAAAGCUAGCGAGCAGUUCGGAGCGUUUCAGCACCUCGAACAGAAUUGAUU